CUACGAUUCCGUCUCAGAUUUUUGGUGUCCUCAUGCAUCCUCACGAUUGUGCCCCUGAGCCCUUGCACAUGCCGGUGUCACGUGUUCAUAACCAGAGAACAAGACGCCCAACGUUGCUUCUGACGCCAAAAAUCAUGCGCAUACUCGCCUCAGCUCCUCGGCUAUCGAACAGUCAUGAAGUUGGUAACACGCACGCCAAAUAUUUCAUUAAGGAUGGCGUCUCCUGUACUAUGCGGAGCACUCCCGCAUGCAGCCCAUGUGCAGGUUGCCACACCUCCUUUGGCAUACUCUGUUCAGCGCAAUAUAAAGCGCCUUGAUACCAGAGAACAUCUAACAUCCAGUCAGUAUGAUAGCAGACCCAAACGCCUUGACAUCGGGGAACAACCCAACCAAUUCAUCUUCACCUAACACUCGGACGUCAGCCAGUUCAUCUGAGACAUCGUGUAAAUGUCCCACUGUCGAUCCACCAGGGAGAAAUCUGAUUAUCUGCAUCGAUGGGACAUCGAACAAGUUUGGUGAUAAAAAUACCAAUAUUGUCGAACUAUACAGCAAGAUCAUCAAGACUGACACACAGUUAACGUACUACAACAGUGGUGUAGGAACAUACUCCAGGCCCUACGGUCUUACACACACACGCGUGGUGGAGCACGUUUCGAGUAUCUUGGACCUGGCCAUUGCUCAUAAUAUCAGCAAAAAUAUCAUGCACGCCUAUGAAUGGCUCUCAGACAAAUACAAGAUUGGUGAUAAGAUCUUCCUGUUUGGCUUUUCAAGAGGUGCAUACCAAGUUCGUGCGUUGGCAGGAAUGAUCCACGAAGUGGGGCUCAUAUUACCCGGCAACCGAGAACAGAUCCCCCAUGCCUUCCAGCUCUACUCAGACAUCAAUAGUGGGAGGCCCAAGGAUAGGGAACUUGCGAAGGAAUUCAAAGAGUCGUUCUCGAGAAACAGCGUAGCGAUACAUUUCAUCGGCGUAUGGGACACCGUUUCAUCUGUUGGUGUAAGGAAGGCCAAGAAUUUGCCGUCCACCGAUACAUGCGAUCACGUCUGCUACUUUCGCCAAGCACUCGCGCUAGAUGAGCGUCGAGUGAAAUUUCUACCUGAAUAUGUCUAUGGCAGCAUGAGCGAUCGAUCGAACUGGGUCGAAGAUAAACCAUCGUCAUUUUCCAAGGACGAAGAUAAACUGUCGUCAUCUCCCAAGGGCCAAGAUCAUAUUAAGGAGGUUUGGUUUGCUGGUAGCCAUUCAGAUGUCCAUCCCCUCGACUUCGAAGACAUGCCUCUACUAUGGAUGCGUGAAGAAGCCCUCGACGCAGGGCUUCUGCUCAAUCCUCCCAAGGUAGCUUUCAAAUAUGAAGACUUCGAGGAACCUAAGAUCACCGACUCUUUAACCUUCCUGUGGGGGCUACUUGAGGCUUUGCCGAUCAGACGUCUUCGCUACAAUAACUCCAAAGAGGACACGAUAUGGCCGCAUCUUGGAAGAGAGCGUGUCAUUUUGCCCGGUCAAAAGGUCCAUGCGUCGGUUCUGUUUCGUACUAACUAUCGGUCGAAAGCAAUUUUCUGGAGAAAUCUUCAGCAAUGGCCUGAAGCAAUGUACUGGCAUAAAGCCUCAGAGGAGCAGUUAUCGCGACUUGGUCCUUCCUGGGAACAAGCUCCUUUCAAAUACUCGACUGCUGAAGCUCUCGUUGGAAUCCACAAGAAAAACAACCUUGAUUACGUCGAUCGCUUGGCAUUCAUGUGUUCAUUUGGUGAGAUGCCAGAUGGUUGUAACUUGCUGACCUGA